GAAAGUUGUCAAACCGGUUUUGUUUAGUCUGCUAUUGUGCUAUGAAUAGCACAAUGUGUUGCUUCCAGUCUGAUAUGAUUGUAAACCUGCUAGUCUCCGGUUCUGGGUGUGUUGGAUAUCCUCCCACUGGAUAUGGCUGUCACCGAUGGACUCAAACAUUGAGUAGGCCUACGGUGUCUACCGAUCGACCACCUGUCUAGAGUCAUCUCUUAUUUGGUCUACAGACAUUGGGCUGGGAUCAUGAAUCCAAACAUCUUUUUGCUUUUGGUUCUCACCUGCUUGGGUGGGAAGGUAUCAAGCCAGCUGGUUACUAACGUGCCUGAAAUCAAAGACUAUUCUGUUAUAAAUGGAAACUCUCUGCCUGAGUCAACAGCAAUUGGAACUGUGAUUGGCACGGUGGUUGCAGUAGAUCCCGAUGGAACAGAAGUCAGUUAUUUCUUGUUUGGUGAUGGAGCAGAGUUCUUUAACAUCGAUCAGAAAACGGGCAUUGUCACCCUAAAAAAGCUUCUGGAUUUUGAGAAGCAAACCGAAAUCAAGAUGCUUCUAAAGGUUGAAGAUGGAGAUCUACAAUCUUCUGAAAGAGAGGGCAAGAUCUUUGUUGAUGAUGUGAAUGACGAGAAGCCGGAAUUUAGGUUCAAAAACUUAUUCAAAGAAAUUUCAGAGGGUGAAAUACCUCCAAGCUUUGUCUCGGACAUCUCUGUGACUGAUCUUGACACAAGUAACAGCCUGAUAACAGUGACAUGUAGUGGAAACACACCAUCCCUUCGAGACGCCUGUAAUACCUUCAGCUUGACUCAAGUCAUGCAAAGUAACAAAUACUGGAAUGGAACACUUAAUCUGGUCAAAGAACUGGAUUAUGAAAAGAGGAAGUCUUAUGUGAUUCAGUUGAAAGCUUAUGAUGGAAUACAUGAAGUUACCGACGAGGUCCACAUUGAAGUCAAGGAUGUGAAUGACUCUCCACCACAAUGGCAGAAAACAGGCCCAAAGAUCAUUGAUGAAGAGAUUUCUAAGGGAACUGUCAUUCAAACUGUCACUGCCUCUGACCCAGAUGUUGGCGCACCACGGCCUAUCGUCUAUGAGCUUUUUGGAGAUCAUAUGGAUGUUUUCACGAUCAAUUCCACAAGUGGUGAAAUUUCAAACAUUAUUGCACCUGACUUCGAUGCACAAGGCAGCAGGAAGAACAGACCAUGGGAUGUAACCAUCAGGGCAAGAGAGGUGAUAACGAAUCCUGAUGGCACAACAGCACUUGGCAAUGAUCCACUGACCACUGCGACUGUAAAAAUCAGGAUCACUAUGAAGGACAUCAACGACAACGCACCAAAAUUCGACAAGAAUGUAUACAACAUUGAGAUCAAUGAGAACAUUGCAAGAGGUCAGAACAUUCCAGGUCUGCAGAUGACUGUGACAGAUGCUGAUCAAACUGACAUUUACAACAGCUUUAGACUGGCAACAGACAACUAUACAGACAUAUUCCAAGUGAUUCCAACUGAAGAUGCAGCUUCCUCUAGCCCAACGCUUUAUGUAGCAGAUCCAGAAAAGAUAGAUUAUGAAUCUGGCCAAAGAGAAUAUCGGAUUUUGGUGACAGCCAAGGAGUACAAGACAAUUCCUGCCUUAACUGGAAGUGCAACAGUGAUCAUCAAAGUGCGUGAUGUCAAUGAUGAAGACCCCAAGUUUGAUAAGGACAGUUACACUGUCUCUGUGUUUGAGGAUGCAAGAGGAGGAACUUCUGUCAUUGACCUAAAUGCCAAAGAUAGAGAAGAGGGCGACUUUGGAGAAGCUGGAAUACGCUAUUCCUUGUAUGGAAACACACCAGAACACUUUGAAAUUGACCGGAUUACGGGACUCUUGACGGUAAAAGACUGUCUCACCCCAGGAAAACCUCCCUGCAUUGACUAUGAGCGCAAGAAACGAUACGUUCUGACAGUAGCAGCGACGGAUAAUCUUGGAGACAUAACCAAUGGCCGAACCCGAUCUGUGCAAGUGAUUGUGAACAUCCUGGAUGUCAAUGACAACUUUCCACGUCCCGAAGCCAGCUAUCUCCGGUAUAUCCUCGAAGGAAAUACAGUCACUGUCAACCCGCUGAUCAUUGAGGCUGUGGACCCAGAUACAGUGGGAGGACCCAUUGUGUACACCAUCGAAGGAAGUGGCAGCAACCUCUGGCAGAUAACACAGGGCGUCCGACCUGGCACCAAUAAUUCUUAUGCCAACAUUACUGCUACCCGGGGUGUGCUCUAUUCAGAUGCUCCUGAUAAAGAGAAAGGACAGUUUACUUUUACAGUCGUGUCAUACGACCAGAAGAACAAGGCUGUCAGUCAAGUCACCAUCAUUGUUAUCGACAUUAAUAACAAUGCUCCUGAGUUCACCUCUCCUACCUACAAGCAUAGUAUGUCAGAGCAAGUUGUUGGUGAGACCUACCUGUUGACUGUCACAGCAAAGGACUUGGACUCCCCCACCACUGGUAACGGAGUUAUUGACUUUGCCAUCCAGAGUGGUGCUGUCGGGAAAUUCCAAUUGAGAAACAGACGGAAGAAUCCAGAUGACACUUUUUCAAUGGAUAUUCGCACAACGCAAGACGCUCGCUUUAGCUUUGAGACUCAGAACGAGUACAAGUUAAUUCUGGAAGCAAGAGACAGAGGCACCCCGACCGCCAGGACAGGGACAGCCACUCUCACCGUGUCCAUCACAGACGCAAACAACAAGAGCCCCGUGAUUAAACCAACCAGCCAGACAAUCAAUGUCAGAGAAGAUACUCCCAUUGGCAGAAGUGUCCAUAAAGUUACUGCUGAGGAUCCAGAUGUCAAUAAGAAACUCCGAUUCUUCAUGGAGCCUGACUCAGGAACCAAACCCAAUGGCCUUCCUUCAGAUGCUGACUUUAAGAAUAUGUUUACAAUCAAUGCCAUCACUGGUGUAGUGACUGUCAACCAGGCUCUGAACAGAGAUCAGGUAGCCUUUAUCACCAAUGAGCUCACUGUCCAGGAUCAAGGAGCAAACCCCGUCCAGGAAGGAACAGGUGCUCUAUUCAUUCGUAUCACGGAAUACAACGAUCAAGAUCCAUACUUUGUCAAGAGUGAGUACAGGCUGAACAUCACAGAAGAAACCAUCAGGAAUUCAUUUGUUGAAAGCUUACAGUGCAAGGACGAUGAUGAUGACAUUGCUUCUUACAGCCUGGAACAAAUUAUACCAAAUUUCCCCGACUAUUUUGGCCUUCUUGGAGAGACAGGGACCAUGAUAGUGAACGACCGUAUCGACUACGAGAAAGGUCUCGAGCGGAUCACGCUGGUGGCCCGGUGCGCCGACAGUGGGACACCACGGAGGACAGCUACGGCCAGUGUCUUUGUUGACGUGAUCAACAUCAACGACAACACACCUCAAUUCAACCAGACUACUUACACUCCCACGACCUCUGAGGCAAACAAAACUGUAGAAGAGUAUCUGACCACAGUGGCAGCAAAUGAUCUGGACAGGGGAGAUUUUGGUGUAGUGUUUUACCAGCUGAAUGACCCGGACAACUUCUUCAGGAUCAACAAUCAAACGGGCCAGAUAUUUGUCAAACCUAAUGCAAGAUUUGACAGAGAGAAAGCCGAGUCUUAUGUGCUACAAGUCAUUGCUCUAGACAGCCCAAACAAUCCGGAUGUGCGGAGACAGACCACUGCUCAAGUCAUCAUCAGAAUCAGCGACACAAACGACAACUGUCCAGAUUUCGGGUCCCACUCGUUCUACUCAGGCUCCGUGCCAGAGACUGCCACCAGAGACACAAACAUCUUGGACAUCAUAGCUACCGAUCUUGAUAGUGGACUAGGAGGGGAGAUAAUGUAUGCCAUCAAGCCUGGCAGUUUUUUUCCCCCAAGCAAUGAAGAUCUCUUCCGCAUAUGGACCACGAACAAUGUGGGCCGCCUCCUCACAAAGGGUAACCUGAAGAACAAAGUGGGUACCUACAACUUCACGGUGACUGCGACUGACAUGAAAGGGGACCUGUCCAUGUCACCGUGUGUCCGGGAGGUGCCAGUGAGUGUCGUCAUUCAAGAGUCCCAGAACAAUGCUCCGGAAUGGAUCAAGCCACCCAGGCGGGACUGGGUCGUUUAUGUUUUGGAGAGCCAGUAUGAGGGCAUGCUUGUGUACGACGCGAAGGCCAAAGAUGAGAACAAGGGACCCAAUGGUAUUGUAAACUACUACUUCAUCCAUAACAGCAAUCUCGUCUCCAACACCUCAGAGUUCCGCAUCAAUCGGGUCACUGGCGUCAUCCGUGCUGAGGUUAUAUUUGAUCGGGAGAAAGUGGACAGAUACUUUCUGACUUUGUUGGCCCGAGACAGUGGAAAUCCUUCCGCUUCUUCAGAGACGACCCUGACGGUCAUGAUAUUGGAUGUGGAUGACAACGAUCCAAGAUUCAGAAUGAGAAAUGGUGCAGUGGUCCCUCUUGUGCUCCCAGAGACUCCUGUGGCGGAGAAUGUGCCCAUUACCACUCAGCCUGGUCGUCUUCUCGGCAACUGUUCCUACCUUGCCUCUGACGCGGAUUCAAACGAUGGAGAUCAUAACCGCAUUUACUAUGAGCUGCUCACUGUCGAUGUUCAAGACUACAUUGAAGUGAAUCAAUACGACUGUAAGAUAUACCUCAAGAAGCAGGUUGACUAUGAACAGAUGAACCAGUUGGCGUUCGAUAUCCUAGCAUACAACUUAAGGAAUGACGACUCUGUGAAGCGCUACAACAUGAGGGGUGACGGCAGCUACAGCUCAAGGGCUAUCAACAUUGGGAAUGGCUACAAGGAAGAAGUCAACCCAAGUGUCUUGCCCGUCGUUAUCAACAUAGGUGACAGCAACGACAACCCACCAGUGUUCUCACAGUCCGAAUAUCUUGCAUGUGCCUCCAUCGAUACUCCUUACAUGAGGGAUAUUCUGGAAGUGUCAGCAACUGACAGAGACCUGGGCGAUAACUCUGAGCUACGUUACUCAAUAAAAGGUGGAAGUAGGGAGUUUGAUAUAUCCGGGACGACAGGAAUCAUACGCAACCUCAUCUCAUUCCGGUUUGACGGAAAUGGAAACAAGAUCUAUGUUUUGAAUGUGGCCGUCUCUGAUGGACUGUUUGAGGCACUUGCCAAAGCUACUGUUUUCAUUACUGAGGAAUCCAACAUUGUGAGAAUCAAGGUGAACCGCCCCCUGAAGACAGUAGAAAACAUUCAACGACAACUUGUCAAAACUAUUGUGGAUUCAUCAGAUGACAUUCAGUUUGCUUGCAUAUCCAGCAUGCGAAAUCAUAUCAAUGGUGAUGGAGAGGAAAGUAUAUUGGCAACGGAUGUCAUGUUGACGGCCAUGAGGUAUCAAGGUGGCUCCUACACUAUCCAUUCAGCUGCAGCUUUGGCUACAAUCCUAGAAGGAGAGCGCACCCAGUCCAACUCAGCCGUUGAAGCACUCUAUGUCACUAAAGUUGAGGAGCAUGAUGAAGGCGGAAUAUUCAAUUUGGACGAGGAUGCAGUCCUUGCCAUCCUUAUCAUCUGCAUCCUCCUCAUUUUCCUCGCCCUUCUCCUGCUGUGCAUCGCUUGCUACUGUAUCCGCAGAUCCAAGAACAGAAAGAAGAAGAAGCUGAAUGCCCAACGUAACACCAUUAUCUCAGUAUCCCCGGAGCCUGUGGAGACCAGCUUUAACCCUGUCUACUCCAACCAUGGCUUUGAGAGUACAGAGUACGCCACCGUGAAGAAGGUGCAGUCUUCCGCGGCUCCUGUCGUCCCGGUGGUUAUCCCAGCCCCGGAGGACCUGCAACCUUUGCCCGGCGAGGAGCCCACCAACUUGGAGCCUUAUGAGCCUGAGGAAAUACCGCCCCCAGUGGUGGAGCCAGAGGGACCCGUGCCCAUCAUCGAGACAGAAGUGGUGGGUGAGCCGGCCUCCCAGAGCUCCUCCUACAGCAGGCGUGUGUUUGAGCACCCCGAGUAUGAGGACAAGAUAGAGACCAUCGUCGUGGAAGGCGAUUCGCCGGGCCCCGUCACUAUGGUGAUCCCUGGCUCAUCAGAGAGCCAAGGGGCUGUGAUGUUUGCCGAGUCAUCGGGGAGCCAAGGAGGUGGGCUGAUGGCUGACUCGUCAGGGAGCCAAGGAGCCGUGUACUUCGCUGGUUCGGCAGGGGGCCAGGGGGCUGUGCUGGCAGAUGGUUCAUCGGAGAGCCAAGGAGUUGUGUAUGUUGAUGGAUCAUCCGGGAGUCAUGGAGCUGCUGUGUUUGCCGACUCAUCAGGAUCAGGAGGCCAGGGGACUGCUAUGUUUGCCGACUCAUCAGGAUCAGGAGGCCAGGGGACUGCUAUGUUUGCUGACUCAUCAUCAGGGGGCCAAGGGACUGCUAUGUUCGCUGACUCAUCAGGGGGCCAGGGAGUUAUGAUCGUUGACUCCUCCGGGAGCCAAGUCGCUGCGAUGGACGGGGAGGGGGUGUUUGUCAUCCCUGCACCCGAGCCUGUGUUUGUCUCCCACCUGGAAUCGGAGAAUAUGAUGGCCGCCAGUCCUGACUCUGACCCGCAGACCGUGGUUGUCUACGACCCCGAACCGGAGCCUCAGACCGUCGUUGUGUACGACCCUGAACCCCUCGAGACAGACAUGCCUGAGCUCCCUGAAUUUCCUGGUGACACUGACAUUGAAGUGGAAAUUCGAGACUCUCCUCCACCCAGCCCGCCCAGUAGUCCCACUGUCCAUGAAAUUGAGCAAAGUUUUACCAUUCAGUAGAAGCCUUACAUCUCUCUCUUUUCUCGUAUGGUACUUGAAUUAUAUUUAGAUGAUACAUUUCUCAAAUGAAGAAGUAAUGUGUCUUGUAAAAGAAUUUGUCAAAUGGAAAAAUAAAUCUCUAUAACUUAUGCACUACAAGUAAUUUUUAUGCAAUUACAGUUGAGUUACAGCAUACUUUUUUCUUUUCGGCUAAUACGCAACUGACUUUGGUCUGCUCACUGAGAAAUACAUACAUGAGGCUGCAUGGUGAAAUCAGACGCUCGUCAAAAUAAUGACAUUGUAGAAAGUGGCACUUGUCUGCCGGUGAAGCAAUUUUUAUCAAAUUUUUGGUUUUUUGGCUCAACCCCUUUUAUGUCCUUUUAAGAACACAUUUCUGUGUGGAUUUCGCUGAAAAAUGUUGAAUAAAGGUUCAAAAAAUGUAAAUUUUCAGUUCCCAUGGACUCUCAGGCCGUCUUUUCAUUAAUUUUAGCCUACCUCUAAAACCAUUCUACCCCCACCUCCUUCAAUCGUAAAUAUUUCGACUUGUAUUCAAGAUAAAUGGGGGGGGGUUCAACAUCAAGACAAAUGAACAAGCUUUAAGAUGAUACCAAUAACUCCACAUGCCCAAAAAUUGACAAGCGCCUGAUUCCAUUACAUCUUGACACAUAUGAGAGAAAACAUUAGUCAGUUCAGUGUGUGAACAGUUGUGUGAACAAAGAUGUAUGGUGUUGUGUGUCUGUCUGUGAUGGAGUGCAUCUCUCUACCUUGUCUUGUAAAUAUUCCAGUGUUCCUUUUUCUUGUCCAUUUGUUGAUGCACUCACUCUAUAAAGCUAGACUGCUGCUGUAUCCCUAUCCAUACAAUUCUGUAUACUUACCGUUCAGGUUACCAUGAUAUAUUUUCAUAAAAAGCUGGUGUGUCUGACAUAUGUGCGCAAAUUAUCAGUUUACAAUUUUCUUAAAGAUAGUGAAACUGUAAUAACACAAACUUCGCUGGACCAGAGAAUAUUUUUCUGUUGUGCACGAUUUCGUGUUGAGCAAAGUGCUCAUAAAAACAACAGAGAACGGGAGGUGACUCCUCACUUACUGUUUGUUGUCUUGUAUGAAUGUGUAAACUAUUAAUUUUGAGUCAACAAGUGCAGAGCUGCCAAGGGUUAGAAAUUGGGGGGAAAAAAAGGGAAAAUAUUUUCAACUUCAGACGGCUGACUUGAUUGCACAGAAUGAGGUCCACAAGGGGCGCUGUAGCUGUUUGCUUUAUGAUUUUUCCCUGCUAUUUCUCAGUAUAAAAACAAAUAGCAAAUACAUAGAACUGAUCAGCUGCACAUUGUAAGGUCAUUUGAAAAUUAAAAAGAGAAAAAAAAUGGGACAGAUUGCAGCUUCCUAGUGUCUUGUCGCCAUGUCCCUCUAAACACUAAACAAAGCCACUCUUUCACCACCCGCUGUAUAUGGGAAUUUGGAUAGAAAACUUGAUGGUGGUCUUAGCUCAUUGAAUGCGUGAUCUAUGUUGUGUAUUAACAAUGGUUAGACUACUGGGAGUGAAAGAAAAAGUAAAGGGGAUAGUCGACUGUAAGGAAUGAUGAAGCAGCCCAAAAUUCCUUCAUGUUAACCAAACCUACCAGAAUUUUUCAUCAUGGUAAGGGAAGAAUAGAAUAAAGAGGAGGGGGGACAGGGAUUUGAAAGCUUUUCGUAUUAACAGAAAGUUUCUGUUAAAUGGUUUCAUGUUGAGCAAAGCCUACUGGUAUAUGCAAAACUACAUAUGUAGUUCAAAUGUUGAACCCUGAGUGAUAUCAAGCUUACUUAAUCUGUGUUGAAAAUGAAACUGCUGCCGUUUCCUUCUCACAAAUCAGUUCGUUUUUAUAAGAGCUUCAUUACUAACUAAAAAUCUGGUGCUGAUAAAAAUAAAAGUACCAUCAUUUUUUUGUUUUUGGGUCAUACCUUCACAUAUCAUGUUUGCGAUUCUUCCCUGUAUUUAAGUAAGCAAGGAUCUCUUGAUUUAGUUUUAUGCUUGAUUUUUGUUUGAAGGAUGGCACUUUCCACAGCAAGUAUAUAUAUAUAUAUAUAUGUGUUGUUUCCCCUUGUUUAAUUUGGAACUUUUGUACCUCUAAAACUCCACUUCAUUUAAACUAAACUUAAAUCACAUAGAAAUGAAUGUUGAGUUCAUUCAUAUACCUUGUUUGUGUUUGAUUUCGCUUACCUUAUCUGUAUCAUAAGAUUAAUUUGAUUAAAACAAAUUUUGAUUGCAUUUCUUUGUUGAAUUUGACUUAGCUUUUUUUUUCAUCCUCUGCUUUGUGUAUCAUGAAACUGAGUUUCCUACUUUGGGAAAAAUUGUGAAUUACAAGUUUGAAAUCUGUUGUUGGUGUCAAGGCAACUCUCUUGCUGAUUCUUGUCUUCCUCUUUGUUUCCAUUUGUCUCAUCAUAGCCUGUAAGUGUAAGCAAAUACCUUCUUUGCAGCUUUCAGUUGUACUCCAUUUUACAGAACUGUAUGUAAAAACUUGUGUUUAGAGACAAUAAAUAUCAUAUUUUGUAUAUUA